GAAUAUCUGGUAUACCCCACAAUCAUAGAAGAACGGUCGACUGCAGGCAAUCUCGCACUUCGUAUUAAUGACGCCAUCACUCUGAACCUUGAAAGAAGUGAUGUGCUGGCGGAACAGCUGCUAUUCGUCACAGCCACUCGAGAUAGACAUGAAACCGAAACAGUCGACACAUCCUCUAUACGACGCAAGCUGUACCACGACCUCAAUGAGCAAUCAUCUCUUAUGGUAGAUCAUACAGAUGGCACCCUUCGCGUUGAAGGCGUUGUCAACAGCAAGCUAAGAAUCAAGCCAAUACCUGAAGGAGAACGCUCAGCACAAGGCCAUGUGCUUCAUAGCCUAUAUGAAGUUGAAGAAAUAAAAGAUAGCUUCAUCAACAUCGGAGCAUAUUCGCGGUAUUAUCCUGAAGCAGAUGCACGACGCCAUCAAGUAUCAAGUAGAAACAUUCAAGUCAUCCGCCCUGGAAGUCAUCACCUUCCACCGGCUAACAGAACGACUACGACGACUACCAGACGACCAGUGCUUGAAUUCACGGUUGAAGUUCACGUAAUAUCUGAUGAAGAGCACAACCAAAAUUUUGCUUCGGAAACUAAAUUGAUCCUUUAUAUUGGGGUCAUGAUAAAUGCGGUGCAAUUGAGAUUUCUUGGGAUGAGAAUGCCUACCAUUAAAUUCAAAUUGGUCGGUGUAACAAUGAGUAAGAGCGACACAUUCGCUAGUGUCAUUUUAGACACCUUGGAGGCGUACGAGACGAUCAGUAAAUUGGAAGAACAUUACAAACAGGGAUAUAUUCCAGGAAACCCCGACACCGUGUACCUUAUGACAGGGCGAGACAUCUCAUCCACAAAAGGUGAAGGUCUAGAAAAGAACGUGGCUGGGCUUGCCAAUGUCGGUGGAGUGUGCACAGUUCGCCGAGUGGCUCUUGGCGAGGAUGUCGCUUUAUCCUAUGAUGGAGUAUACGCGAUGGCCCACGAGAUUGCCCACCUGCUUGGAGCACGACAUGAUCCGACGGAACCUGGUGACUGCGCUUGGAAACUCGGUUUCCUGAUGAGUUAUGAAGAAGGGGGCACUAACAAGUACCGGCUUUCUCGCUGCAGCGAG